GGCAAAAAUGAUUCUAUUUUUUCGACAUUUUAAGAAAUGUUGCUUGUUGGCGAACGUUUCUUCGACAAAUAAUCUCAGGAGCUUCUCUUUAUACCGAUCUUUGUUAAGGAACAACGAAAAAUUUUUAAUUCAGCAUCAAUUGAGGUCGUUCCAUGGAGGCAGAGUGAAUUUCUGUAAAAUACAAAAUAUAGCAAAGGCUCCAAAACCGAAAAAAUCCGAAUAUAAGAGACUUUUGGCACUCGCCAAGAACGAAAAAUGGAAAAUUCUCGCCGGAGUUUCAUUUUUAUUCGUCUCGUCGGGCAUCACGAUGCUCGUUCCCUUCUCUCUGGGCAAAAUUUUGGACAUAAUUUACUCGGCAGGCACCGAUAACAACGAAGCAAAGCAAAAAUUAGAAAAAUUAUGCUUGACUUUGUGCGGAAUUUUCAUCAUUGGAGGCAUGGCGAACUUUGCCAGAGUUUAUUUAUUCAACAAUGCAUCAAUUCGAAUCACCCGCGACCUCCGAAGCAAGCUCUACAAGUCGAUUUUGAACCAAGAAACUGCCUUUUUUGACAAACGCAGCACGGGCGAGCUGAUAAGUCGACUUUCCGCUGACGUGAAUACCGUUGGAAACUCCUUGAGUGUCAAUAUUAGCGACUUUUUGCGAAAUUCCGUGAUGGUUGGAGCCUCUUGCACGAUGAUGUACGUGACGUCGCCCAUUUUAUCGCUUUUUAGCUUGUGUGUCGUGCCUUGUCUGGCGGGCAUGGCGAUCGUUUACGGGAGAUUUGUGCGAAAAAUUACAAAAUUAUUCACGGAUGAGGUUGCACAAGUGAUGAAAACGGGCGAAGAAAAGAUCUCGAAUGUAAAAACGGUGAAAAUGUUCGGAAAAGAGGGUUUUGAACUGAAACUUUUCAACGAAAAAUUGGAAAAUGCGUUGAAAAUCGGGUAUCGGGAGACAAAAGCACGAGCAAUAUUUUACGGCAUGACUGGCUUAUCAGGAAAUUGCAUAAUCGUCAGUGUCUUGUACUACGGAGGCACAAUGGUAGCUAAUAACGAACUCACGAUCGGAGCUUUGACAUCUUUCUUACUUUAUGCUGCCUAUUCUGCCAUUUCUAUCGGGGGUUUGUCGUCUUUUUACACGGAUAUUAACAAAAGUAUUGGUUCGGCGACGAGAAUUUGGGAAAUUAUGGAUCGAGAAUACAAAAUUCCGAAUGUUGGAUUGAUUCCGAUAACGAAGCCAAAGGGUUUGAUUGAAUUUAGAGACGUAGAGUUCUCGUAUCCGACGAGAGAUAACGCACAAAUAUUGAAAGGAUUCAAUUUGACACUGAAAAGCGGAACGAGAACGGCAAUUGUUGGAAGGAGCGGAACAGGAAAGUCGACAAUUGCUUCGUUAGUUUUGAGAUUAUACGAUCCCCAAAGCGGCACGAUAAAACUCGAUGGCGUCGACAUCAGAGACCUCCAUCCGCAAUGGCUACGUCGCGAAAUCGGCAUUGUCAAUCAAGAACCAACUCUCUUCUCAGGUACCAUCCGCGAAAACAUCCUUUAUGGCUUGGAUUCUGAAGCAGAUUUCAACGAAGAUCUUCUUCAACGCACCUUAAAAGACGCUCAUGUCGACGAAAUCAUCUCAAAACUCCCCGAUGGCCUUGAAACUGUCGUUGGACAACGCGGAACGACUCUCAGCGGAGGACAAAGACAACGAAUUGCUCUUGCACGAGCAUUGAUCAAAAACCCACAAAUCUUAAUUUUAGACGAAGCCACGAGCAGUUUAGACUCCGUAUCGGAAAAUUUAAUCCAAUCAAGUAUUCUAAAGUUCUCCGAGGGACGCACUGUGCUCAUCAUAGCGCAUCGUUUAAGCACAAUUGCGAGCGCAGAUGCCAUCGCUGUAUUGCAAAAUGGACAAAUUUGCGAAUAUGGCUCGUUUGAUGAGCUCAUGAAGGUUGAUGGAACCUUCAACAAACUAGUCCAGAAUCAGAAUUUUAGCAAAAUUUAGUUUUUUAAGCUAAAAUAGUUAUUUAAUUUAUAAAUAAAUGGUAAAAGUUGUUGUUUUUUAUGGUAA